GUUUAAUAAUUAUAUUAUGUUACAUAUUCAAAUGGAAUCAAAGAAGAGAAUGUCGGCCUUGACAAAAUUAACAGACACGAUUUCAGGACUUUUUUAAGCCCACAAAAUUCAGAAUUUUAUUCUGCGUCCUUGACUUUACCAAUUCCGUAUAUCAAUUGUAAGUGACACGAUAGAGUCGUGCGGUUGUGUUGAUGAAGGUUGACCAGGUGUUUAGAUGAAGUUGCGAAUGGCUAUUAACGCUUUGAGUUUUAUGUAGUGGUGGCUUUAGUAUUCGCAGUGCAUUCCGCGUUUAAAUAGUGAUAUUAUAAAACUAUUUGGAUCGUCCGGUGAAUUUUAUUUUCGUCUUUUUCUGCAAUUAACAGCUAAAAUGGAGUGUUUUUGUAGAUAUUGAUUGGAUAUGGCCAAAAUCCCCAAAAAACGGGGUGAAGCAACAGAUAUGGUUGACGCAUUUUUACCAAAACGUAUAAAACAGGAAGAUCUGGAGGUGACUGGUGUAUCACGAUCAGGGAGAGUGAGGAAAAAAUCAUCAAAAUUGACAGACUUUGAAUCUCCAGAUGAAAUAGAUAACAGAUACAAAAGGCGCACAGAUCGAGCUGACACACCAGGUCUAACCGAUAGUUCAGGAGGAUUAGCUACUCACCAUGUUAUGGGGGGUGGCAGAGGCAGAAAACCGCAUGGUGCAGGGGGAGGAACUGUGAUGGAAAGAGCUCAUCAAGAUGAUAUGGCAGAUGACUUUGUAACAAAAAGUGAACCUCCUGAUUCAGAGUCUGAUUCUGAAUUGGGAAUGUAUCCUGAGGGAGUGGAUGAAGAUUCAAGCAUGGAUUCAAUGGGAUCUGAUGAAGAUGAUGAUAUGGACGAAGAUGGAUUAAUGAUGAAUGAUCAGGCUGAUGGCCGUGUCGCAGGUCGCCGAGAUUCGCAAGAUAAUACUCCAUCUCAGGCUCAAUCAUUGUACAUGCUGGAAAAAUCCUCGAAGAAGAAAUUGAUUAUCAGAGAUGGUAAAAUUGUGGGUCGAAUGAAGGCACAACGGAAAGAUAAAGGGAAAACACGAUUUACUGCAUACAUGCUGUGGGCAAAAGAAAUAAGGCAAGAGAUACUGAGAGUCAACCCAGAUAUGGAUUUUGCAACAAUGAGUAAACGCCUGGGAGAACUUUGGGCUACUGUUCCCAACAAUGAGAAAUAUAAUUGGAAAAGACGAGCAAAACGCCUUGCAGUCAAAGGCAAUAGAGAAGCUCCAACAGCAACUGACGCAGCACGUUGGAAGGCUCCUCCUUCGCGUUCAAAAUUUAUCAAUAAACAAGCAAGUAGAAGUCAAGGGCAGGCCACCAACUCCCAAAAUGAAUCCGUCGCUCUACCCACAAGUAUUGCUGGAGGUGGUCGUCAACAUGUCCGGCAGCAGGUAGUAACACAGACAUCAAACCAAAAUAUGACUGCUAAUUUGACUGUAUCUCCUCCAGAAAAUACCAAGUCAAACAAGGUAACGUCUGGAAUACUGUCAGAGCCUGUAGUUGGACCUGGAUUGUACAAAGUAGUUGGCUCACAGCCAGUAGAUGUUGCAGCUCACCUUAAGCUUCUUGGAGAAUCAUUAUCCAUUAUUGGUGAGCGUUUGAAAGAGCAUGAGGGUCAAUUUGCAGUGUCUGGUAGCCUCUCUGUGCUUCUUGAUUCUCUGCUGUGUGCUUUGGGGCCUCUCCUCUGUUUGACUCAACAAGUACCAGAAACUAACGGUUGCUCACCAGAAAUGCUCAGUAAAAUUUUAGACAAUAUUGCAUAUUUCAUGCCAGGACUAUAAUCUACUUAUCCUAAAGUGAAUAAUUUUACAAACUAUGGGUUUGUGGACUAAUAAUACCAUUCUGAUCCUGAAGACGAGAGGGAGUUCUAGAGCGGUUUUGUACAUUCAAUGAUAAAGAUUCUUUUUAAAAAAUGUUAUUUUUAAUAGGAUUAUCUUGUUAGUGCCUCUUUUGUACUAAUUAACAUUACAGAAUCCAAUCUGUAACUUUGAACGUAUUUUCUUUUUUCUAAUACAUUUAUUUAGGCUUGAAAAUUUUAUCUUCAUGUGAAUCUUGCAGAUGGAGACAGGCCAAUCCAUAACUUUAUUCUCUCAUUCAAAGACCGAAAAGAAAACUUGCAAACCUUGUAUUCGUUGUAAUGAUUAACAUAAUUUUCAUCUUAGGUGAUAUUCAUUACCACGUAUGAUCUGCAUAACAUUUGUUUUUUUCUUUCGCAUUUUAAUGAUUUAAACUCUUUUCUCAGUUUCGUAAUAGAUUAUAGAGGAUAUAUAACCAUUUGUUAAGGAGAAUUUCCUUUCAACAUAUUUAAAGCUGUCUACAUAAUAGUACAAAAGAUUAAAAAUUAAUUAUAAAUUUUGUAAUGCGUGUGUAUUAUGUAAUAAAAAUUUUCAUUUCCCACUUAAUUCUUAUCAUAUUUCAUGUUCAAAGAUUCUUGUUUAUCAUUACUUUUUUUCCUCAAUAUAUACAGAUGGCCAAUCCCAGGUAAUUGACAUCAAGACCUCUUAAUAAUCUGGAGUAUAUUUGAUAUACAAUAAGAUUCUAUGUUAAACAAGACUGUAUUAAUGACAAUCAAUAAUUAAACAUUUAACAAAAAGUAGGAUGAAAUGAACAUUUUUUUGCCUAAGAACAAAAGAGUGAAUCCUAUUAUCAUGUACUGGGACGCUAAAUAUUACUAGAAUUAGAAACAGCUAUUACUGGAGCAGUAUCUGCCCACAUCUAUUUAACUUAUACACUGAAAAUAUCAUGAGGGAAAGCAAAACUGGAUGAAAUGAAUGUAGGGGUAAGAAUUGGAGAACUCAAAAUCAAAAAUAUUCAUUAUGCAGAUGAUACUAUAAUGAAGACAGAAAGUAAAAAAGGUCUAGAACAAGUUAUUACAGAGUGAUAGAAGAAAGUCAAAAAUCAGGGCUCAAGCUUGAACAUUAAAUUUACUAUUGUAAUGAUAAUAGGACACAAGGAGAGAAUACAUAUAAAUGAUAAAGUGAAGUUUCGAGGAGUAAAUGUAACAAGACUCUUUACUCAAGAGAUAAAAAAUAGAAUUAAUUUGGGAAAGGCAAACAAAAAAUGUAACAAAUUUGUCAAAGAUUUGGGACGAUCUCUGAAGAUAAAAGUCAAGCUGUUAUAUUUCCUGUUGUACUUUAUGGAUGUGACGGUUGGGCUUUCAGACCCAUUGAUAGAAGAAAAAUAGAUGCCUUUGAAACAAGCCUAAAUGCU